AACAGAUUGAUUUCAAGAUCUCUCAUUACAAAUGGAAAAUAUGAUAGUCCAAAACCUGACCAAAUUGAUACAACAGCAGCAAUUAAAUAUGGUGUAUUUGUCAUAAAUAUAAUGUGCCCGCACAAUAGCUAUGAUAUCACAUUUGACCCUGCUAAAACACAUGUUGAGUUCCAUGAUUGGGAUGGCAUAAUGAUCUCUUUGGAGGAAGCUGUGAAUGGCAUGUUAAAAAGGGAAAACCUAUUGUCUGUAAAUUCUACAGGAGGCAUUCUAACUGGAGAUAUUGAAGAUGGCGAGAACAUUAAGAAUGAUGGAGCGAAGGAUUGGGUAUGCAGCUUUGAAAUAGGAAAGGAGAUACAUACUGAAAAUAUCCGAAAUAAUCUUCAGUCCAAAAAAGUACAUAGAAUGAGCAACUCUGCUCUGAUGUCAAGUACACCUCAACUAUUGAAAGCUUCAGAACCAGUAGCAUGUGUGACCUCAGACCAAGUGUGCAACACUUUGGUCCACUUUUCUGAAACCUCAAGUGAAUUUGACAGCACAACAAAGCAGUUAGUAACACCUUUUCAGUCUUCCGAGCACAUAUGUGAAACACUGAUGCAAAAUGUCAAAGACACACC